CGCGCACGCCAGGCCGACGCCGGGGCCCGGGAGCCGCCGGGACUUUAGGGAGUCCCGGAUGCCGCGCGUGGGGCCAGGCGGAGCGCACUGGCGCCCGGCGCUCGCGCUGGCGCUGCUGGGGCUGGCGGCCACUCUGGGCGCGUCCCGGACGUCUGGGCAACGCUGGCCCGUACCCUACAAGCGCUUCUCCUUCCGUCCGAAGACAGAUCCCUUCUGUCAAGCCAAAUAUACUUUCUGUCCUACUGGCUCACCCAUCCCAGUUAUGAAGGACAGUGACGUCAUCGAAGUCUUAAGGCUACAAGCCCCUGUUUGGGAAUUUAAAUAUGGAGACCUCCUGGGACACUUUAAAAUCAUGCACGAUGCCAUUGGAUUCAGGAGUACGCUGACGGGCAAGAACUACACAAUUGAAUGGUAUGAGCUUUUCCAGCUCGGCAACUGUACAUUUCCCCACCUUCGGCCCGAAGUGAACGCUCCGUUCUGGUGUAACCAGGGGGCAGCCUGCUUCUUUGAAGGAAUUUACGAUAGACACUGGAAGGAAAACGGGACGUUGUCGCUGGUUGCAACCAUAUCUGGAAACACAUUUAACAAAGUGGCCGAGUGGGUGAAGCAGGACAAUGAGACUGGGAUUUAUUACGAGACAUGGACAGUCCGGGCCAGCCCAGGAAAAGGGGCGCAGACAUGGUUUGAAUCCUACGACUGUUCGAAUUUUGUCUUAAGGACAUAUGAGAAAUUGGCUGAAUUUGGAACAGAAUUCAAGAAGAUAGAAACAAACUAUACAAAAAUAUUUCUUUAUAGCGGAGAACCGAUUUACUUGGGAAAUGAAACGUCUAUUUUUGGGCCCAAAGGAAACAAGACCCUUGCUUUGGCCAUAAAAAAAUUUUAUGGCCCCUUCAAACGGUAUUCGUCAACCAAAGAUUUUCUGUUGAAUUUCUUGAAAAUUUUUGACACAGUGAUUAUGCACAGAGAGUUCUACCUGUUUUAUAACUUUGAGUAUUGGUUUCUACCUAUGAAACCACCCUUUGUCAAAAUAACGUACAAGGAAACCCCUUUACCUACCAGACAUACGACAUUUACCGACCUGUGACAGCCUCCCUCUGCUGCUACUCUCCAGCCACCAGCAUCACAUUCCCCCCAGGGCUGUGCCUACACUGGUGUCUUUGGUCACCUUCACCUCCUGGGGCGCCUUGUCGGAAGUACAGUACACGUCAAGACUCCCAGAAAGAAGCAGAAACCUUAAUUGUAUUGGCCAAAGUGAAUGGGUUGCAAUUACUCGAUCUCAGCCAUGGAGAUUCUUUGAUCCCAAGGUUAACAUGUUUUCUCGGGCCACCUUUUCUGUUACAGUAGUGAUAUUUCUUAGUUUGGGUUUCUUUUUUGUUUGUUUGGGUUUUUUUUGUCUCUAAAGAAUAGCUGUUUUCAUAGUAAUUACAGCCCUGGGGGUCCAGGUGAACUGCUUUCUAUUCACAUAACCUUAAAGCCUUGUUUGGACGCUAUUACUGGAGCCUGUCUACUGCCCCCUAAUAGCAUCCCUCUAGACAUGGCAAAGACAGUAGAGCUGUUGUGACAGGGGCCACCUAAUAUCUCUAGAUGUAUGUCCUUGCCUCUAAAAUGACAUUUUUCACCUACCAGGAACAUGAAGAAUGGGGGUACCUAUGUCGGCACGGGGGGGGCAUACUAAGUGCAUAGAUAAUAUCUCUUGGGACCAAAAGCACACCGACAGACUACACAUUGCUUCAGUUCUUCAGUACAAGCCGUGGACGUAUCUGGCUCCAGACACAGCUAGGUGAAGUGUUCUGACUUCCCGUGUGUGUCCUCUGGUUUUUCUCCCGCCAUCAUCACAGAGAGUACACCCUUCUGCAAAAGGCGGAAUUUCGUCAGGGACCCUUGUCAGCUCACUACGCUGCCGUUAGAGGCAUUAGACAGGCUCUCGGGGCCUGUAUUUUGAUCAGUUGAACUCGGGUUGGUUCGGUUUGUUUCCCUAUUUAACACUAGCACAAUAAUCAAAAUCUUUAAAUAUAGACAUUAUUAUAUUAUUGUUAUAGACAUAUUAUUAGGUGCCAGUUUUUAAUUGCCGCCUAACAGCUGACUGCUUCUUGAGAGGUUAGUGCACGACUGCUGAGCUGUCUUAAGAAGCCUCAAGUGUGUAAGUCAGGGCUUAGCAAGGUAAAGUGACCUGGCAUUGUGUUCUCACUCAGGGUGCACUGGGCGCCUUUCAGCCCUCUUCAGAUUGUGGCCUUAUACCGGUAUCUAUGCACCGAAUGUCACCAGCCUGUGCUGUUUCUAUUCAGUCUAAUUAAAAAACAAACAAA